AAGAAGAGAGCUAGCGGAUCUUGCGAAUAGGACCCAAAAAGAAUGGCCCAGACACCAACAAACCCUAACCCGAACCCGACUGACCUAUCUUCUCUGCCGCAGCCGCUCCACCAAAGCGACGCAGACGAGGAUGACGAGAACGUGAAGCAGCUCAGGGAAUGCUCCUCUCUCUACUUGUCACUACAGGACUGCCUUGUGAAUUCCGACAGAAAUUGGAAGGCUUGCCAAAAGGGUAUUGCUCUUAUGCCCCUUCCAUCUUUCCUCUUCUUCAUUCUCAAUAGAGUCCAUACAAGUCGAGAUGUUCAAGCUCUGAAGGCAUGCAACGAGAGGUUGAAGAGUGUGAAAGGAAAGUGAGGGUAUGAGAUUUUGUGAAAAUCACAGCUAUUUUAUUAUGUAUUCUUUGAUUGAUCUUCAUGAUUUUUGAUCUUUAUGAGUAUGAAAUUAUGAAUGGAUAAUAAUGAUUUGAAUAAUAAAUCUUGUAAAAGAUGAUAGUUUUACA